CUCGUUUUGCCAUUUUGUCUCUAGACUAGUACUACGGUUAACUAAUCAAUCAAUGACCUAAGGUCAGACAGAGUUGCGUGGCCUUAUUAAGCUCAUUCUCCAAGCCGUCGUUCAGUUGCUGAACCUUUCUGGUGCUUGAUCAUACAUCUCCAUAAAGGUCUCAGGCCAUUUUCAAAAGCAACGGUCUGAUUAUUACAUUUGGGACCAUUUGGGAAUUGAUCAGAAGCGUCGCAAUUAUCGCAGCAUGAUUCAUCUAGACGUUUCAUGUUGACAGCAUUACUUGGGAUGAAACUUUUCAUGGCCAGAGGCGUGACAGCUAUUUCAACUUCAGCAUGUCAUCUGUCGUAGAUACGGACAAGCAAGGCACAUUUUCUGCUGAUACGUCAGGAGGUGCAGUUCACCAGUGUACGCGGUGCUCUCGGACUUUUAAGCGAAUAGAGCAUCUGAAAAGGCAUGAACGCAGUCACGAAGCACAGAAGCAAUUCUCUUGCCGAGUUUGCUCCAAGUCAUUCGCGAGAAGCGAUAUCUUGGCUCGACACGAGCAUACACACCGAGCAAGCCCUGGUCCAACCUCGGAUAUUCGACGGAGAGCUUGCGUGGAGUGCGCAAAGGCCAGAGAAAGAUGCACAAAGGAAGAAACCUGCUUAAGAUGUUUCAAUAAGUCACUAACAUGUAUAUAUCCUCCACGAAGGGCAAUUAAAGGGCUGCGCUCAUCGCCUGCUCAGACGUCCCAGUUAAGAUGGGAGUCAGAAUCUCACAUCUCGCGGACCCGGCAGCUGGAAUCGCAGACGGAUGAAGAGCUGCCGAGUCCAAUCCGAAUUCCAAGGGCUUCUGACGUUGAGAGCAUCACAUCGGGGAAUGGAAGCUCUUUCCAGAGAGCAUAUACACGUCCAAAUCAACUGCAAGGAGCUAACGAGUUUUUGCCUCGAAGUAUGCAAUCGCAAAGCCUGGUGAUAGACCCGCAAAACGGAUACUCACAGACUGAAACGUGGGAUGAACCGCUUCAGCAGCAUGGCAUCUCAGAACGUCCAACUCAAUAUCCCAUGAACUGGUUGCCUUUCAACGAUUCUAUUGGUCUCGAUUACAACUCCAUAUUGGGUUUCAACAUGAAUUCCUAUGACUCAUUUGAGGAUGCGACAAUAGGAAGUGGAAUAGAGCAGGAAAUGUUGACCAAUUCUGGGAAUCAGCUUGAUCAAUAUGUGAUAGACGAAGUUGGACUCCCAGAUAUUUCCACGCACGUGUUCGAUCAGCAGACCUUACAACCACUGAUAAAUUCAUCCAUUGCAGCAGCCUCACCAGCGACAACUACGAAUUCGUCCUCUCAAGGUUCAAGUACAGGGACAAAAGCAUCUGCGAAGAGUGGGCUCUAUACCACGAGUAGCGAUGGCGCUAGAGUCGCCUGCACUGCUCGAUCCGAGCGGCCUAAGCACCUGAUACAUGGAACUACAGCCUUGGGACUAAUAUCAGACGCCAAGAACACGAUGCCCGAUGAGUCGAAGGUCUUUCAGUUCCCCUGCUUAGACCACGUGGUACCGGCAGACAUUGAAUUUUCCACAGAUGGCCGGUUGAUCGGGCCUGGAAUUUACGAGACUAUCAAACAGCAGUUUCAUCGACUAUGCAUGGGCCAAUCUAAUCUCUAUUCGCAUUACCGAAGCUCGAGUUUUCCUCUUCUUGGACACCUCAACUUCUUCGUUCAUCUUUAUUUUGAAUAUUUCGACACCAUUUGGCCCAUUCUACACUCCAAAACCGAUAUAAAUGCAUCGUGGCAUCUUGCUCUGGCAAUAUGCGCCAUUGGUAGCCAGUACACAUGUACUUCCGAGUUCGAUCAGUGUGUCCAGCCAUUACAUGAGUUUCUGAGACGAUCAUUGGCAUUUGAAAUUGAGACAUCACCAUGGUCACAAUGUAGUUUACCGCUAAUGCAGGCACUUGUCUUGAGCCAGAUCGGGUUAUUAUAUCAUGGAUCAGCUAGACUAUUCUUCCAGGCAAGAGCUAGGCACGGCGCUGUAAUUGAAAUUGCGAGAAGGUCUGGCCUUACAAGCUCGGCACUUAAUAAGGAAUUUUCAAGCGGUAAUGGGGCCAAUUCUUCACAGUUGUGGGAGACAUGGGUUCAGCACGAAUCCAAGAACAGGCUGACAUUCUCUUUAUGGCUUCUCGACUGUAUGUCAGUCUAUCAUUUUAGACAGAACCCCAUUCUCUGUCUUAAUCCCCCUGACGCUAUGCUCCCGAAUAGCCAUUUAUGGACUCGUGGGUCUUCCAAUGAAUGGGCCGAGGCACUCAAGAGGGCUGAAGAACACCCGACCAUCAGCGCGGCUGUGAACAUGUUAUUUAUUGAAAAAGAAAUGAAGAAUGAUAUGGGUGGUUUUGAAACAUUGAUAGUGCUACACGGGAUCUAUCAGGAGAUAUACAGGGUCAGGAGUUAUCACGAAAGAUCACUUGCGUCAUGGGUACCUUCGAUACGCUGGGCUUCACAAUCUCCACCAGAGGUUCAUCACCAGUCCGAUUUAGAAUCUCGAAGUGCGGCCAAUAUCAGUAACUGGCGCAAUGCUGCCCUAGAUUGUGUCGAUGUUCUACACUGGGCAGCGAAUGCAACCAUCGCGAAAGCAGCAGGCGUCGAACAUCCGAAUGUCUUCCAUUUGCAUUUUGCAAGAGUCGUACUAUUAGCGCCCUACCAAUGCAUACAAACACUUGCAACGUCUAUUGCAUGUCUCCGUCAAGGUGCUCUUUCAAAAGAGAACAUGGUCUCGAGGGAAGAAGCUGCUACGGCAGAGCGGGAAGUCCUUCGUUGGGCUCAACAAGAUGAACACAAGGCAAGGUUGGCCGUACUACACUGCGGGUGCUUUUACUGGCAUAUUCGUCGGUAUAGCCGCGACGCCUUUUACGAGCCUUUAUCUGUUUACCUUGUCACACUAACACUUUGGGCCUACAGCUCUUACUCUUCUCGAGUCUCUCAACAGGAUGGAGGUCAUGUCGGGAGUGCUGACCACGUCAACUUCAUCCAACAAGAUUCGGAUGAUCGAGAUCAUAGAAAAUCCGUGACGGCUAUGCACAGGCAGGCUUUAAAGCAGCCCGGCGAAGUCAGUGACGACCCCCGUUGCAUCGUCAGUGUUGAAGAUGACGACAACCAUGAGCCCACGUUCAUCCGACUAGAUCGUCCGAACGAUGAUGAGAUGGUGCAACUGUUUGUAAGAAAGGGUCGGCCAUCCGUAAUGACUGCGCAUAUUGCAGGCGUUGGAAACAUAUGCUCAUCCCAAGGGCCAUUGAAGAUCUUACGUGAAGGUCGCAAAAUCUUGAGCGCUGUAUCAAGUGCCUGGGGUCGCAGUCGCGAGCAGAUAUCGAUUCUCGAGGCUCUGGAAAAAGCCAUGUCGGGAAGACAAUAGCUUGUCGCCAGCAUUCGCAACAGACAAUAUUUACGAAAAUUGUACAUGGACUUUGGUCAUAGUCCGCACACAUCAACUCCAGGGUUUUAUGAUAUUCUCAUGCAGCGAUCACUGGC